GCUAGAAGUAUGAAGCCCCGUUUUCGAACAGUCAAUAGUGCAUAGCCUGAUGGUUGCUCACCCGCCUUCCAACGUCACAUGACAUGACGCAGGCCCGUGCCCAAAGCUCCAGCGUGCUCCAAUCGACUGAUCGUGAUCUCAAGCUCAUCGAACCACCUCUUCCCCUCCCACAUAUACCGCAUCUCGCCCAAUUGCCUCUCAUCACUCCAAACACAAUGUUCCGCACUUCCGUCGUCAAGGCUGCCCGCCUUCCCGCCACUACUCGCUACUUCUCCAGCUCCGUGCGUGUCUUCGCCGGUGAGACCGGCUCGGGCGCGUCGCGACCGGGUGGCAGCCGCCAAGGUGACGCUUUCACCAAGCGCGAGACCGCCGCCGAGGAAAUGUACAUCAAGCAGGAGGAGCACGCCAGACUCCUUGCGAUCCGCCAGAAGCUUCAGCAGCAGCAGAAGCACAUCGAAGAGCUCACCAAGCACAUCGACGAGGUCACCAAGCAGGAGGGUGGACAGGGCGAGCACCCCGGAGAGAGCAAGCCGUAAACGUUGACAGCACCGAUCGCUGAUGCAGCAUACCAGAACAGUGGAGGAGGAAUAUAGGCAGACUGCACCUCUGAUGGUCAGAUCCUGCACGGUGGCUGUUGUAAAACUAAGCAUGUUGGUCGCCUCUCACUCUUGAAGUAGCCGGACAAUGUAUACAUGAUCUACACACUGGUUGACAGACACGUCUAUACCGCAGACACCAAUAAUAACGAGUGACUCCAG